AUAUAUUAAUAUAAAAAAAUAAAAAAUCAACAAACCUCAUUCAUUCAUGGGAAUAAGAAUGAGGAAUUACACUCCAAAUCUUACGAUCUUCAUAUUUUUCUUAUCAUUGCUUCUUUAUUUCUCAAUGGCUUUUUCAGUUCACCAGACCCAAAGACGCUUUCUUCAAUGUCUUUUGGCUCAUUCUCAAACCUCUCCACUUCCCAUCUCUUCAGUCACUUUCUUCCCAGACGAUCCUUCAUACCCAUCUGUACUGAACUCGUACAUUAGAAACCUUGUAUUCAUGUUCCCCAGAACCCCAAAACCAGAGUUCAUUGUUGCUCCGACUCAUGUUUCUCACAUUCAAGCCACUAUCGUUUGCUGCAAAAUCCACGGCCUCCAGGUCCGAAUCCGAAGCGGUGGCCAUGAUUACGAUGGCCUUUCUUACGUCUCUGACGACCCUUUUGUCAUAAUCGAUAUGUUCAAUCUUCGUAACAUAACUGUGAGUACUGAAGAUGAAACUGCUUGGAUCGAGUCAGGGGCUACUAUUGGUGAACUUUACUACAGAAUAGCGGAAAAGAGCAAAAUCCAUGGCUUCCCAGCUGGGGUUUGUCCCACUGUGGGAGUUGGAGGCCAUUUUAGCGGAGGGGGCUAUGGUAACUUGAUGAGAAAAUAUGGGUUAACUGUGGAUAAUGUUAUUGAUGCUCUUGUGGUUGAUGUUAAUGGCAGGGUUUUAAACAGAGCAGACAUGGGUGAAGAUCUUUUCUGGGCUAUAAGAGGUGGAGGUGGGGCUAGUUUUGGAGUGAUUAUUUCCUGGAAAAUCAAGUUGGUUUCUGUGCCUGAAAAGGUUACUGUUUUCAAGGUUGUAAGGACCUUGGAAGAAGGUGCCACCGACAUAGUUCUGCAAUGGCAAGAGGUUGCAGAUCAACUGUUCGAUGAAAUUUUCAUUAGAGUGGUCUUGAUCCCAGUAAACAAGAAAACCCAGAAGACAGUGAAAGCUAAAUUUGUGGCCUUAUUUCUUGGAAAUGCAGAAGAAAUUGGUGUUUUAAUGGAGAAAAAGUUUCCCAAAUUGGGUUUGAAGGCAGAAGACUACAUCGAAAUGAGUUGGAUUGAUUCGGUUCUCUUUUGGUCUAAUUAUCCAAUUGGAACUUCCAUGAAUGUUUUACUUGAGAGGCAACCUCAGUCAGAGAAGUUUCUCAAGAAAAAAUCAGAUUAUGUUCAAGAACCAAUUCAAAGAGAUGCCCUUGAAGGGCUAUGGAAAAAAAUGAUAGAACUAAAAAAGCCAGCACUAACGUUCAAUCCUUAUGGUGGAAAAAUGAGUGAAAUAUCGGAGAUUGAAACUCCAUUUCCUCACAGAGCAGGAAACAAGUACAAAAUCCAGUACUCAGUCCAGUGGAAAGAGAAAGAUAGUCAGACUUUAGAUCAAAAUAUUGAUCGGAUUAGAAAGCUUUAUGACUAUAUGACACCUUAUGUGUCAAAAUCACCAAGGUGUUCUUAUCUGAAUUACAGAGAUGUUGAUUUGGGUACCAAUGGAGUUGGAUAUAAUGCAAAUUAUUCAGAAGCAAGUAUGUGGGGAACCAAGUAUUUUAAAGGGAAUUUUGAUAGGUUGGUGCAAGUUAAGACUGAGGUAGAUCCAGGCAACUUUUUCAAGUAUGAGCAAAGCAUUCCACCGUUAGCUGCUUGGACGGGUAAAUUGGCUCAGUAAUUAGUGCUGAUAUGUAUAUCUGUAUAUUUUCAGUUGGCCAAGUGUUAAAAACAAAAUAGAGAGAGAAAAAUCACACUAGAACUUGCUGGUUGUUAUUUUUUAUUUUUGUAAGAACAAAUAAUGGAUAUUAGUAAACCCGCUUUUAGUUUUAAUUUUU